AUGAGGUUCAUCUACUUAUUCCUGGGCAUAGCAUUCGUUGUUGCGCGGUACAUGACGCGCCGGUGGUGGCAACACCUCAGGCUGAAAAGGGCGCGCAGCAGGGCGGGGUACGCCAUGCAGCCGACCUUGCCGGACCUGCCGCAAGCGCCACCGCGGUCUGAGGCUGCGAAGGAGGCAGAGGCGGAACAGACGGCAAAGCACCUGAAGCAGCAGCUGCCUGUGGGCCCUCAGUACCUCAGCAGGGAUGACCUUGUUGAGGCGGUCAAGCCCACCGAUGCUCAGAUGGCGCUCUGCUCCCUCUACAGCAACAGGUACUACACUCAAAAGCGGCUGGCGCGCGCAUCGAAGAAGCUGGGCAUUCCGGAGCUGACCGUGUAUGACCAGUUUGAAGACCGCCGCGUGGGCCUGCGCAUGUGCACCUUCACGUCUGACGUGCAGGACUUGGGCGACGGUGUCAAGGUGGCGGCAGCGGUGUUUGCGCUGCGGGGCACGCGGCUGACCAAGGCGGGGACGGUGCAGGCGGACAUCCAGCUGAUGAAGGACCGCGAUGCGGAGCUGUACUACUCGCAGCGCGCGCUCAAGCACGUGCACAAGCACAUCCGCCGCCUCACCCUGCAGCAGCCCCACGUGCAGUGGGGCUUCUUCACCACCGGGCACUCGCUGGGGGGCUUUGCGGCGGCGACGUGCCUGAUCCUGUGCGACCACAUCCUGACGUGCACGGCCUUCGAGAGCCCCGGGCUGACCACGUUCUACCACCGGCUGGCCGCGCAGAAGGGCGACGAGGAGUUCUGGCGCGCGCGCAUCACCAAUUACCUGGCCAUCCCCAACCCCAUCAACAUGUGCCAGCGCCACCUGGGCCGCAUCGUCAGGGUGCACUUCCCGCGGCUGGAGUGCCGCACGGACGCGACGCAUGUGCUGCGGUGCGCGCUGGGCACGGGCGUGCGCGUCCUCAACUGGGGCCUGGCGGCCAGCGCCGGCGUCUCCGCGCUCUGCCUCGCCGCCGGCAUCUCGCGCUCCGCCCUCAUCUGCCGCAUGCUGGAGGCGUGGGCGUCGGAGUGUGCGCUGGAGGUGGCGGUCCCUCCGGUGGCGGCGUCCGCGUACUGGAGCCUGAACAGUGCGGCGGCCAUGGUGGCCACGCGGCUGGGCACCACGCUGCGCUACAUCCUGCAGCAGCACUCCAUGUGGCAUAUGGCCCAGGCACGACUCACCUCCCCCCCCCUUGAAUUCCCCCAGACUGCAUUUGACGCGGUGGGCGGCGGCCCGCGGCAGAGCAUAGAGAUGGAGUCGUGGCCGCGCAUGGAACGCAUGACCGAGACGUUCGGCGCCACAGUUGGCCGCGCGCUGCUCGAGUCCUUCUACGCCACCGCCUCCACCGAGGGCCUCUCCGUCAUCUUCAACCGGACUGCGAUGGUGGAAGCGCGCAUCCGGCGGCUGCCGGGCUAUGUGCCGGCGCGCAGCGCAGACUUCGACGACGCCACGUCGGAGGGCGGCCACUCGGCGUUCCUGUGGCGACUGGGGGACGCGUUCGAUCUGUGGGAGGAGCAGGGGGAUUUAGUGGAUGACACCGGGGUUGCCCCUUCCCCGCUGGCAGCUGUGGAUGGUCCUGUGGAUGUACCUGACAGCCUCAACACCACGGAGGAUUCGGAGCUUUCAGGGGCGGUGCCAAAUGCCUUUGGAGAGACCGAUGGCGGUUGCGCAGAAGCUGCUGAUGUCCCCUCCAUGUUUGGCCCCUCGCCCUUCGAGCGCGCCAGCCUCACAGGCUAUGACUCAGACGACGAGGGAGAGACUGAGGGGCAGGGGCACAAUGCAUCCACGGCCAAUCUCAGCGCAUUUGACGACUGCACCACUGAUGCUGAACUGCAGCGCGGCCCCCUAACCCGCAGCUGCAGCCAAUACCCUGCUUCACGCAGCUGCGGCUCUCUGGGGCCUCGAAGCUCCUCGGCCUUCGUACUGGGCAAAACACUGGGCGCCAGUCGUGGUUUCUCUGACAGGGGCCAGGAAUCAGACUCUCUUGACGUGUCCGGCCUGGACCCCGACACCGAGGCCGACGGCGCCGGGCGCUCGGCGGACGAGUCUGCGGGUGAGUCAUCGGGCCGGCGGAGGGGCCUGUUCAGGCAUCGCCGCUGGCCGUCCCGCCACGCGUACGACAGCACCUCCGGCGCCGAAGGCCCUUCCACCGCUGACGAGGCGUGGCAGAAACCCCGCCACCUGCGCAGCGCCGGCGACGGCUGCCGCGGCCUGCCUUCUGCGGCACAGUGUAUGCCCGGCAGCUCUUCCCUACAGACUCCGCGCAGCAAGCUCCGCUGUGCGUCGACAGAUGCAGACGAGGGUGUUGGUGAGAAGCUUGGAGGCAACGCGGGGGAGACAGGGUAUCAGACGGAGUCGGAGGCGGGGGUGGAUGCGGGGAUGGAGGAGGGUUUGUGGGCAAAUAAUGCGGCGGCCGCGGCGGUCGAUGCGCCAUCGGCUGCCGGCGGCUGGUUCCGGCGGCCCAUACUGUGGGCCGGCAUCAAGAGGGGCAUCCGCCGGCGUGCUGUGCCAGACCUUGUAUGA